AUGCUGCCUCGCGGCGGACGCGGGGUCUCCUCCCGGUGGGAGCAGGCGGGGACGCCGAGAGGAGAGAGCGCUGUCUUCUGCAGGGCUCGAGCAGACGAGCAUCCUCCUGACACCCUCUACGACGCUCAGUGCGGCUACGCUGAGGCGCCGGGGUACCGCGUAAAUCCGUGCUGUCGAGAGAUGUACGCGUCGCCCCGAGACACCUCAGAAAACUCCCUCUUCUCCGUCGCACCUGUCGAACUGAACGACCAAGCAAGAGAAGAUUUGGCAAGCGAGCAGGCGCUGCUUCUCCAGAUGAUUCGAAGUCAAGGCAAUGAGACGUAUUCAGUGCCCGACUCGCACUCCCCGUACCUGCCGCUGAGAACGUCGGGUCCCGCUGGGGUGCCUGAUCAGCGAAUCGCUUGCGGCGGAAGUCGCGAAGAGCCUCCCUUCGGCUCUCUGGGCGCGCCUGUCAGCUGCAGAGACUUCCACUUUCCCUCGUCCGCGCGAGCGACGAAUAACUCGUCAGGUCUCCCUCUCAGUCCGGCAUCUGGGGCUCUUCGCUCGCCUCCGCGACUCGACGCGGCUUCUUCGCGGGGCUCUGUGCCCGCGCGCCCACCAGCCGCAGGGACCUCCAGGAGUCUUCUGGGGGUCGAGAGGGGGUGCGCGGGGCUCGUGAGCGACGCGGAGCGGGUGGAGUUCUAUUUUCCUGGCCGAGACUCAGAGGAGCUGGAGAAGAGCGAAGCGUUCGUCUCCUUCGAGGAAACGGACUGCGAGCGACUCGGUCUGGGCGCACCGCCUCCACGCGAGCACUGCGGAGACACCCGGCGCGGCGACUUCUCGCCGAGAGAGAAGCGGGAGGCUGGAGAAGAGGGGUCUGACGAAGCGAGCUGGGCGCGCACGAGCCCUUCUGAAAAGUGGACAGAUUCGCCGUCGAUGACUCGCCGUCCAGGAGGCACACACGCCCAAGAAGCAGGUGAUCGACCGCGUGGAGAAGCGCCCGCGCACCCGAACGUGAGCUGGACCAGAGGCCCCGAGUCGGAGAUGCGUCGGGGCGUCGCGACCCCAGAGACAGUCGAGCCGUGGCGCCGCGGGGCACCCACGCUUCGAGGCCCCCUUGGGGAUCAUCAGAAGGCGCGAGAGAAGCGGGACUGCCGCGGGCGCCCCGGGGGUUCUGAGGCGCGGCCGGCGCGCAGCGGGGUGUCUUGGGCGACACAAGGGAAGACGGAGAGGCCUGCGUUCGACGACGAGGAAGGCCCGAGCGCGGAGAGUGGGACGGGGAACGAACAGGACGGCGAGGCUCGCGAAGACGGCGACCUGGUCUAUCUGCAGAACAUGGCCUCGGUGGCUACGCGCAUGGCGCUGCCCAGAAACAAGCGCCUGUCUCCGGAGGACUUCCAGCUGCUGCGUGUCAUCGGGAAGGGCUCCUACGGCAAGGUGAUGCUCGUGCAGUUCCACCAAGACGGGGGCGUGUAUGCGAUGAAAAUGCUCCGGAAAGAAGCUGUCGUGCGGCGGAACCAAGUCGAGCACACACGCACAGAACGAGACGUCCUCGCCUGGGUCUCCCACCCCUUCAUCGUCCAGAUGCACUACGCCUUCCAAACUCGAAAGAAAUUAUACUUCGUCCUUGAGUAUUGUCCGGGAGGCGAGUUGUUUUUUCAUUUGUCUCGCGCGGGGCGUUUCAAGGAGUAUGCGGCAUGUUUCUACGCGGCAGAAGUGCUUCUCGCCCUCGAACACCUGCACAAGUACAACGUGGUGUAUCGGGAUCUGAAGCCGGAGAAUGUUCUCCUCGACGAACACGGUCACGUGCGCCUCACCGACUUCGGCUUGUCCAAAGAAGGCGUCGAAGACAACUGCAGCGCCCGCUCUCUCUGUGGCACACCAGAGUACUUGGCGCCGGAAAUCCUCAGCCAGCAGGGUCACGGCAAGGCGGUGGACUGGUGGAGCUUGGGCGCACUCAUCUACGAAAUGCUCACUGGCUUGCCGCCCUUCUACACUGGCGACCGAGAGCGGCUCUUCGAAAAUAUUCGAAGUUCGGAGCUGCAGUAUCCGUCGUACAUGUCCCGCGCGGCCGUCCACUUGCUGAGAGGGCUGUUUCAGCGUGACCCGAACAGACGGCUCGGCGGUGGUCCCGGCGACGCUGAGGAAAUCAAGCGCCACCCGUUCUUCGGCCGCAUUGACUGGGAGGCCCUGCAAGCGAAGCGCAUGCGUCCGCCGUUCCGGCCGCGACUGCAGUCGCCGACCGAUGUCCAGUAUUUCGACAACGAAUUCGUGAAGCUUCCUGUGAUCAACUCUGAGGUCCAGGAGUCGCCGAUCGGCGUGGCUGCUGGGGAGCCGGAGGCGACGCCCAGGGCAUUCUGGCCCAGCGGCGCGGGCGCGGAUCCCGGGGCUGAGGCAUGCGUACAACCCCCGGACGUCAGAGCCGCCUCGCCGUCUCCCGCCUCUUCGCUUACGCCAGCCGCUCCGCCUUCUUUGCCGGGCGCCGCUGCCAGCGAGCCUGGCGCGGGUGCCGCGAACGACGAGGCCUGCGCCGCGAGCGGAGACCCGCGCCGGGUCCCGGAGCGCGGGACCUUCCCGGCGGGCGCGGGCGUGGGAUGCGAGAGACCCCAGGGAUCCCCCGAGGUUUCGGCGAUGUGGCCGAGCGGGGAGUUGCAGAAGCCGUUUGCGGCAAACGGGGCGCGCGUGGAAGAAGCGAAGACAGAGCCGCUGAGACCGGGGGACCAGUACCCUCCGGGAGCGUACGGCCAAGGCGUGCACCCCAACAUGCUUGCGCCACCCCCAGACGACGAGAGCGACGAUUCGAUGUUCGAGGGGUUCACGUACGACGAACGCGACACCAGCGCCCUGGGAGAAGCUGCAGCGGCCAUGUCGUGGUGA